AUGAAGAAAGAUUUCUCCUGCCGCUGCCCUUCCCUGAUCAUCAGCAGGGAAACUGCUCUUUUCUACCUGCUCUGCGUGCUCAUUGCUCUUUACAUGCUGGCUGGCGCUGCCAUAUUUUCUUCCUUGGAGAGACCAGCGGAGCUAAAGGCCCACCAGCUCUGGGAAAGGAGGCUAAGAGACUUCAGCCAUGAGCAUAACAUUAGUUGUGAAGACCUGAAAUCUAUGUUGCGCCACUAUGAGGAAGCCAGGACCGCAGGCAUCCGGACAGAGCGAGGCAGAGCCCUGUGGGACAUCCCAGGGGCCUUCUACUUUGUUGGAACUGUGGUCUCCACCAUUGGAUCUGUAAUCACAGAUGAGACCUUUAAUGUGUUUCUCUUAGGGUUUGGAGUGUCGGCCCCAUCCACUGUGACGGGGAAGGUCUUGCUUGUUUUCUAUGGGUUACUGGGCUGCUCGGCUACCAUACUCUUCUUCAAUCUCUUCCUGGAGAGAGUCAUAACAUUGCUGAGCUUGCUGAUAUUCUCGUGCCACAGGAGAACUGGACACGGCGGACUGGAGGGCCGAGCCAGUGAAGGUAACAGAAAUGAAGAACGGAAACCAUCUGUAUACCAAGUCACACUCAUCCUUUUUGUCGCUGUCCUGCUGGUUGCAUGUGGGGCUGCCUCCCUCUAUUCAGCCAUGGAGGGCUGGACUUACAUGGAGUCCCUCUACUUCUGCUUUGUGGCGUUCAGCACGGUGGGCUUUGGGGACUUUGUUAGUGGCCAGAGAGAGCACCAUGAAGACAACUGGGCGUACCAGGUUGCAAAUUGUCUCCUGAUGCUUUUGGGAGUGUGCUGCACUUAUUCCCUCUUUAACACCAUCUCUGUGAUCAUCAAACAGGUACUGAACUGGAUGCUGAGGACACUGGCCUGGAUGUAUAGCUGUAUCCGCCACUAUAGACCGCAACUCAAAGCACUGUUAAAUCUCUGUCAUUGUGACUCCGAAGCACCUAUAUAUUAUUGUGAAGAUGACACUCCGCAAGCAGUUACCAGUUCAGGUCACGGCGUGAUGUGGCACUCCUGUGUUCCCGAUGCUAUUGGUGAAUGCCUUUGUGAUGAGGCUCAAGUGGAAACAGUGUGCCACAGAGAGAUAGACGGAGGGAUUUCUGCAAAACAAGAGGUUGCGUUCAAAUAG